UGGGCAGGAACGGCCUUCCACAGCCACUUAAUGCGAAAAGCCAACUCUAAGUCCCUGAUGCUAGUGACUGCCUGUUCACCAAAUCCUUGCCAGAAUGGAGCGGACUGCAUAGCCGAUGAUAGAGGUCAUAAAUACAUAUGUAACUGCACCAAAGGCUUUACAGGAAUAAACUGCAAGAGGGCAGGAUGCAUACUCUUUGACUUCGAAGACGGAUUAACGGGUUGGACUCGCACAGGAACCGCCUUCAAUAACCAACCAACCUACGGUGACAAUAGCCUGGUUAGAAAUAGUUCACAGACUGCAAAUCUAAAAGGAGACUGGUACAUAGGAACAUACGAAAAUCGCCCCAGUCCCUCUCAUCCAGCUGGAGCAAAACAAGGUAAUAGACCUACAGGCACGAUGACGUCACACAAGUUUGUAAUCCAGGCUCCGUCGCUAACGUUUCUGAUUGGAGGUGGGUCCAACAGUAGCUAUGAAUGGGUCGAGCUUCAGAUUGGUGUAGCACUUGUUGCCAAAGCUUCCUCGUUGGAUGAUACGAAUAGCAUGAAGCCGAAAACGUUUGACGUCACAAGAUACCUUGGCCAGGUGGCUCAGCUGCGAAUCGUUGACGUGGGGACUAAAGAAUGGGGAUACAUUAACGUUGACCAUUUCCAUAUUUGCACCAAUUAAAAAAAGUAAAAAGAAAAGUUGUUGUUAAAGCUAAGUAAGCUUCCAAAAAUAUCUACUUUGCAACUCAAGAGCCACUCCAUGACAGGUUGGUGGGCGUUUGCUGUUU